GUGGUUUAGCGGUUUUUCGUAAUACGCGUUGACUUGUUUGCUUGAUCCAUAACGGAUGAGCAGCUAUGAUACAUUCCCAUUUAAAAGCAAUUACCAAGUAUCAAAUCUACUUGGAUCCGGAGCAUAUGGACGCGUUUUUAAAGGGACAUCUUUAAAUGGAACGACGGUUGCAUUAAAAGAAAUACUGAUACCUACUGAUGAUGAAGGCAUUCCACUCAGCACUCUACGUGAACUUAGUGUUCUGAAGAAGGUGCAGUCCUAUAAUUGCCCUUACCUCGUACAAAUGCUUGACAUUUCAUUAAAAAAGCAGGAGACUGGGAUAUCGAUUUAUAUUGUUUUCGAGUUUGUUGAUUGCGAUUUAGCUCGUUUUCUUUCUCACCAUGUACCUUCAACUGGCCUUCCAUCUGAGACCAUCAGGAAUUUAUCUGAACAGUUGCUCCGUGGUACAGAUUUCCUCCAUUCACAUAGAAUAAUUCAUCGUGAUCUUAAACCGGCUAAUAUUCUCAUCAAUAAGGAAACCUUGCGCUUGAAGAUAACUGACUUUGGUUUAUCUCGUGUACUUGGCUGGGAGUCUUCACUCACACCGAUUGUUGUAACAUUGUGGUAUCGGUCUCCAGAGAUUUUAAUUCAAUCUGAAUACUUAUCACCUUGUGAUAUAUGGGCUGCUGGUUGUAUCAUAGCAGAAUUAUUCAACUUACAAGCAAUUUUCCGUGCAGAUACAGAACUAGAGAUGUUAAAACUUAUAUUUCAAGUUAUUGGAUUUCCUGCUCAAAAUGAAUGGCCUGCGUUGUCUUACUUGAAACGAUCUAAUUUUCAUUUCAACUCUUCUGGUUCGAAAUUACGUUCGUGUAUCAAAACUAACGAUAAAUCUGCACUCGAAUUACUUGAACUAAUGAUCCAGUUCAAUCCAAAAAAGCGAAUCACUGCCUUCGAUGCACUUUCACUACCGUAUUUUCAUCCUACUGUCACUAGUAGUACUAAUACAGGUGGAUCCGUUCAAAACAAUAUUCAACACAUUGAAACUGCUCUGCAUAAGCCAUUAUUAAGAAAUGUAAACUCUUCUCGAUCAAAUGGACGGCAAUCCCGCUACUCUGUGAAUGCCAUUUAUCCUACACAGUCAUGUGCAGCUGCAUUGUCGUCUUAUUUCCAGAAUAAUUUGCCUUCUGCAGUUAAUUUUCGACCAUGCCCUGUUGGUGGUGGUAUUGAUGAAGUUGAUGGUUGUGUUCCAGUAACAAAUGCUCAACUUGUACCUCACACACUUCACUCAACACUUGAUCAUUUAGUUAAUUCUGCACUUACAAUUGACCAAAUGGUUCCCACUUCGUGUAGUUCUGAUAUUGAUCAGCAUCAGCGUAAUUUGAUCAUAUCAGUUGUAAAUAAUGCCAUUAAUGAUAAUUCAUCAUCUGCACCCUUAAAUAACAUUGACCAUAAUUCUGCCACACCACCUAGGAGACCGCUAACUAGACAACAAGCUAAAUCUAUCCGAAGGCAUACACAACCCACUAGAACCUGUCUUGUGGAAACCAAUUACGAAGUGAAUAAUUCACAGAAAAUUGGAACCCAGAAGACAUGCAAAAGCUCCAUUGAAAUCUUAUCAGAUAAUACAUCUGUGCAAAAACCGAAUAAUGCAGACGCUUUAAAUGUAACAAGUCACAUAGUUAGACAGAAAAAAACAGCUCGCCGUCGAACAGUCAUGGGUGUUGUAGAGACAGCGAAUUCUUCAACUAAACAAACGAAGAAAAUAGAGACAAAUAACAGAAAUACUAGAAAAUCUAAAGAAGCCACACCUCUUACAAGGACAUUGAUGCCAAGUAAAGCGGAGAACUCUAUUAAUUAUAUCGAUGCUUCUUUACCUUAUGUCUCACUUAAUCGAGAAGAGAUUUGCAAUAAACCAAUGUUCACCGUUGCCACUACUUCUGGUAUUGAUGUUGCUACUGAAUCAAAUGAAGCGAAAAGAAAAGAUAUUGAUGUAAAAAUUCUUCAACAUAAUAGUGAUGUUGGUCGAAUUUCAGAAAGUUGUCAAAAAUUUUUAUCACAACAUACUACUGAUCAUCGUUAUCAACAUUAUUCUCAUCAAGUUCGACCAAGUUCACGAUUUUCACUUGGGCCUACAUCAUCAUUAUCUUCCAAUUCUACUUUGCAUUCAAUUCAUGAGCAUGAAAACUCUUCUAAUAAUAAUAAUCAUAAGAAAAAGAUGAAAGAAGCAAAAUUAGUAGGCAAUCAUCAACAAAUGUUAAUUAAAUCAACUAGUCGUCCACCGUUAACUACUGAAUUAAAUGAUAAUAAUGAGAACUAUUGUUUAUUAGGGAGUAGUAAUUCGACUAAAAACACAUCAACGACAACAAUGGCAUCAGAGACAGAAACAAAAACAACGAUGACAUUGUGUUCUCCAUCAAAAUUACCUCGUGUUAUUGAUCAGUUUUCUUCAAGUACUCUUGUUAACACUUCACUAUUACAAUCAACAAAUAAUUCAAAUUGUGUAAAAACACAUCAUUUUACUAAACAAGGAAAUAUUAACAUCGAUGAAGACGAUACAACUGAUGAUGAAAUCGAUUCAGAUGAUAUUGAUGAAAAUCAACCAGCUAAUACAAGUCUUGGCAUUAAUACAGCAAUGACCGGUUUAGCUCUAGUCAAUAGUCAUAGUAAUAGCAAUAGCAAUUCUAGUCAAUAUAAAAAUACUACUGCUGCUGCUACUACUAAUACUACUAGUAACAAUAAUAGUAAUAGUAAUAGUACCGCUAAUAGUUGUAAUAAUAGUACAAAUAAAAAAGAAAAUGACAAUAAUCAUUCAAUUUUAACAUCUUCAACAAUGGCUAUUAGUAAUAAUGUUGAGUCAAAUAACAAGACCAUUCCUGUCUCAUUAUCAAAUAAUGUUACAGUUCAAUUGACCGCUUGCUCAUUAGAUAAGUUUUUAUUUAAAUAAGUAGAGACUAUCAAAUACUUUAUUUAUUUUUUUUUUCUGUUUUUUUUUCCUACAAUUAUUGAUAGUUUGCAUUUUUGUUUUACUUUCUACCUUUCAUAAAACCAUCGGUAGAGAGAGGGAUAGGGUUGGAGAAUGCUUAUCGGUGGCCUAUACUCCAUUGGGAGUAACAAGCGUAAGAGAGAGGAUGAUGCAUUGCAUUUCAUACUACUGAGUUCUUGUUUUGUUUUGUUUUUUUUGUAAUUUCACUAUUUGAAUUCAAUAGUGUCAAAUCUUCUGGGAUAUUUUUCUAGUGCAUUUAUUUGUCCCUAUAAACACUACCACUACUACUACUACUACUACUAC